AUGGCGACUCCCGCACGCAUGGGCAUGGCGGCAGAUCCUGAUGCAACAGUAUCCAAGGCGGAUGAGCUGUUCCAGCAGAUCGACAAGCAAUGCACCGACUUAACCCCAGAGUGCGCCAAGAGUAUGAAAGGGUUGGUUGGGGCAAUCAAAGAUGGAGCGUCCAACAAGAACGCCGAGAAGAUCCAGCAGUCUGCUGUAGACUUUGGGCAGAAAUUGCAGGCCAACGGUGGUUGUGUCCAGGCCUUGACGGCAUGCGCGGAAAAGUUGAAGCAGACUGUGGCUCCGGCCUAA